AUGUCCUCUUCCUUCAUCACCGGCGAGUACGCUUCGACUGCUCGCUGGCUUCUCUACCCCCGUCUCGCCUCCCCAGCACCAGUACUCGCGGUGAUGUGGUACACCUCGCGGUCACUGCCAUCGAUCCAAGUCGGUGCGCGCUGGACAUCUACGGCGCUGCCUCGGCGGCGUGUCGGGGGCGGCCUCAACCAUGCAUCGCUCGGUCGGGCUGUGGGUCAUGGGGCGAGGUCUCUUGAUGGCCUCGCGGUUGUCGGGAUGGUCGUGACCGUGGCGCCUCGACUGGGUGGUGUAGGCUGA